AUGGGAACCGAGAACCUUACAUUUGUGACAGAGUUUAUCUUGGCAGGACUCUCCACCAACCACCGGAAGACACAGAUUUUACUUUUUUUGGUAAUCCUCCUCGUAUAUUUAUUUACUCUUGUGGGGAAUCUGACGACCAUCGUCCUGGUACGAACGAACUCCCACCUCCACACCCCCAUGUACUUCUUCUUGAUGCAUCUCUCAGGCCUAGAGAUAUGUUAUGUCACCACCACCUUGCCCCAGACGCUGGCUCACCUCCUGUCUGGAAAUGGAUCCAUCUCUUUCAGUCGUUGCAUGUUCCAGAUCUACGCUUUCCAGUCCUUGGCUGGCACUGAAUGCUUCCUGCUGGGUGCCAUGGCUUACGACCGCUACUUGGCCAUCUGCCACCCCUUGGUAUAUACCACUGCCAUGGGCAGAUGGUGCCAGUGGCAACUUGCUUCUGCAUCUUGGGUUAGUGGCUUCCUCCUUGCCUUGAUAAACGUGGUAUGCACUCUUCAUUUCCCCUUCUGUGGCCCCAACCACCUCAACCACUUCUUCUGCGAGCUACCAAUGUUGUUGAAACUUGUUUGUGCUGAUACUCCAGUCCUAGAAGCCAUCCUUUUGGGGACAGCUGGGUUGGCCAUCCUGGGCCCUCUGUUUGUAAUCUUGACUUCCUAUGGACUCAUUCUGUCCUCUGUGUUACGAAUGCAGUCUACUUCAGGACGUCAUAAGGCAUUCUCCACCUGUGCUUCCCACUUGGUCGUGGUCACCUUGUACUAUGGCACCACCUUCUUUAUGUACUUGAUACCUCGGUCACGCAUGGCCCCUGAUCGUGAUAAGAAGAUUGCUGUCCUCUAUGCUGUCGUCACCCCUCUCCUUAACCCAAUCAUUUACACUUUGCGGAACAAGGAUGUCCACAAGGCAGUGACGAAGAUGUUGAAAAGGAAGUCCUUUGAAUAA